AUUUCAUCUUGAAAUUCAGCCUUAGAAGAGGAUAGGCAGCCCCCGAGUUCACCACUCCGCUGCCAGUUCAGGACCGCAGGCUGGGAAGCAUUAAGAGAAGAGGGCUGAGAUGCCACAGAGCUCAGGGAUGCUGGAGAGCUCAGAGAUGCUGGAGCUUGAAGUCAAUGGCCCAAAAUGACUCUGCUAGAGGAGACUCACUUCCAUAAGGAGGAAGACCAGGUCAGAGGCUGGGAUGAGCAUGCCACUGCACCAGAUCUCUGCCAUCCCUUCUCAGGAUGCCAUUUCUGCUAGAGUCUACCGAAGCAAGACCAAAGAUAAGGAGCAGUGGGGAAACCCAAAGCCCAGCGUUGGAAGCUCAUCGUAGAGACCUCAGUCGAGAACUCCUGCUCACCACCCUGUCUUCCUUCCCUGGGGGCUGGAUGUCUAAUGAGAAGACUUUGGGACAUUCCAUGAGUCAUCCAAGCAACAUUUCUAAGGCUGCGAGUAGUCCUCCAUCCACGACGGCUCCAGCUUCUGCCUUCUCUCGCACUUCUGUCACACCAUCCAACCAGGACAUCUGCAGUUCCAGUGCAGUGUUUUCUGAGUGUUGUUACUACCAUCCCGUGCAGUCUGCUGUUGUCUUGAAAGCUCCUCCAUACCAGAGUUCUCUGACACAAGGGCUCACUGUGACAGUUGUCUGUAAGGACACAUUACAGGCAUCAAAGAAAAAUCUCUUUGGUUCAGACUGGGACCAAGUCUUGUCACCUGCUAAAAAUACUAAGGCCAGAAGAGCGCUCAGAUUCUCAAAGUCACUAAGUGAUGUGGGUGAGAAGACCCAGGAUACUUUGGAAAGCUUUGACUAUAUGGAAAGAACUUGUUCUGAAGGGAAAUUGGUGCUUCCUCAAGGUUCAUCUCUCACAAAGAACAGGCUCCAUCAUAAAGGAAAGAGAGCAGAGCACUGCCCACCCCUCGGCCAUUCCAAACCCUCUUCUCUCUUACCCCUUUCUACCAACCACUCAGCUGUCCCAAAGAGGGAAGCUGGCAGGGGAAGUGUGCGCAUUCCACUUUUGGAGGAGAAAGCUGAUGGCGAGGCCAGGUUGAGAAGCCAGCGACUACUCCGGUACCUGCUCUCCCUCUCUCGCGGCUCGAGUGCGAGCAGCCUGCAUAGGUUCCAUGAGCUGGAGUGCCAUGCCAGCCAUCUGCAUACUGCCAAGUCCUCCAGCUGGCUGGCAGGGAGCAUGGACUUCUGUUCUGAUGAAAUGGGAGAUGACGACGUCUUUGAGGAUACAUCAUCUGCCAGACUGAAGAACAGGGUUCUGCGUGCUCCCCUCUGCUCAGUAGAGAAGGACAGUGACCUGGAUUGUCCUUCUCUGCUCUCUGAAAAAUGUACUCCCAUCUCUCCUGUGUCCACUUCAGGGGAUGCCUGCAGGAUCUGCCACUGUGAAGGAGAUGACGAGAGCCCUCUGAUCACCCCCUGUCACUGCACAGGGAGCCUCCAUUUCGUGCAUCAGGCUUGCUUGCAACAGUGGAUCAAGAGUUCUGACACACGCUGCUGUGAACUCUGCAAGUACGAGUUCAUCAUGGAGACCAAGCUGAAACCUUUGAGGAAAUGGGAGAAGUUGCAGAUGACUGCCAGUGAGCGCAGGAAGAUCAUGUGCUCAGUGACGUUCCAUGUCAUUGCUAUCACCUGUGUGGUCUGGUCCUUGUAUGUGCUCAUUGAUCGCACAGCAGAGGAAAUCAAGCAAGGUCAGGUGACAGGAAUCCUAGAGUGGCCUUUCUGGACUAAGCUGGUAGUUGUGGCCAUCGGCUUCACUGGAGGACUUCUCUUCAUGUAUGUGCAGUGCAAGGUGUACCUGCAGUUAUGGAAAAGACUCAAGGCUUAUAACAGAGUGAUCUAUGUUCAGAACUGUCCAGAAACAAGCAAAAAGAAUAUUUUUGAAAAGUCUGCACUAACAGAGCCCACCUUUGAAAAUAAAGAAGGACAUGGAAUGUGUCAUUCCACCACAAAUUCUUCUUGCACAGAGCCUGAAGACACUGGAGCAGAAAUUAUUAACGUCUGACCAUGUGAGGGUAUCAUUUCCUUGAUGUCCACCAACAGCUGAAGGAAUUUGUUUACUGCCAAUUGUGUUCCUUCCUUCUGUCAUUUAAUAGCAUAAACUGGGCAGGUGACUAUUUAUAGUGGCCUCUUUCUCAGCCCUCCUUGGUGUGAAUGUCCUAGAAUUCCUGUGGGGCAGGUACCACCGGGUCCCAUUCUGCCAGGCUUCUCUGUGGUCUGUGAAGGUGGGAGACCCCAUGUAUCCAUGAUGAGGAGCUGGCUGAGUUCUGGCCCCUGGUCUUGAGCAGAUUAUGGAAGCAAAAAGCUAAAGCAAAAGACAGAGAGUAGCAUGGGGGAGACGGGAUGGAGAGUCCCCAGAGGAUAGAGCAGCAUGGUACUGGGAGGGCUGCUGCUGCUGCUGCUGCUGGAGGAGUCCCUCACACUAAAGAGAGCUAGGGGUGGGAAGGGAGCAGUGCUACAAACAGCAGCCCCUGCCCAGCUCAGCUCCUGCUGCCAGCUUUGGGGCAGAUAAGGCCCUGGGGCCCUGCUGGUGUGUGAGUCACUGGGCAAACAGCACUUUAUGAAAGUUUUUACUGUGGAAUCCUGUGUCUAAUGGGAGUGACAUGUUUAAAAGUGUGUCACACUUAGAAAGGUUCUUUUUAUUGCCUGUUAUCUCUGCAUCAAAAUUGAACUGAAACCAUUUCUGCCUUAUAUAUUCUGAGUAGUAGAUGUCCUUCCAUGUCCAGAAAAGACUUAAGACUUAAAGCAAGACAGACAGGUCUGAGGCUCCAUGGGAAUUAAUAGAUAUUAAGGGUGUAAUUCCUCUGGUUUUGAGCCUGUUUCCUGAGAAGUCCUAUCUUACAAGCCCAACCAUACAUUUCUAUGUUGUGAGUGUUGAAAUGGAAGGGUUUGAGAUCUAAUGGAUCUGAAUCAGGGUGAGCAUUUAGAAAAUGCUCCUUUGACUGACAGAUGUUUCCAGAUGGAGUGGACACACAUUGGGAACACCCCUGUGAUCCACUUCUGCUAUCAACUGUGCUGAAGAAGUUCUGUGGUGUCACUGCCGAGGGCUGGGAGGUCAACAGGCCAGCUCUGGGAUGAGGCCUUGGAUGCUGCCUUGAACAGUCAGCUAACUGGGUCCCACACCCACUUAUCGCCUUAACCAGCCUUGACAGGAUCAUCAGGAUCUGAGCUCCACAUGUGACCUAAUCUGUCUUUGGGGCUUCUCCUGCACUAAUUUUCACAAGACAGACAAAACCAAGUCACUACUGCUAAAUGGCCAUUGCCCCUUUAGAAAGUCUGUUGAACAUUUUUUUUCUUGAAGGCCAUUGUCACAGUGCCAGGCAAUAGUCAGCUCACAAGAGGAACUGCAGAAGUGUACUCUCCAAGUGGGUGCUGUUGGCUGCAGGGUCUUCAGAGUCUCCUGAGGUGGCCAGGGCAAUGCCUAGGGUCUUGUCCAUCUCUCUGAGCUUUGGCUGCUUUCCCUUUCUUCUUCAGAGACUGGGGCAAACUGAAGAGGAAUCUUUUGUAGUUCCUCGUAGAAGCCCUGUGUUUAGUUUUCAGUAGCAGGUGGAGGCUAGAAGGUUUGUGGAAGCAAGUUCUGUCUUGUUAUCCCCUUGUCUACUCCCUGGAGUCAUGGAGUUCAGUUAUGGAGCUGUUCUGCCAGGACUGUCAGCCAUUAUCUAAUAGACCCACCACCCCUUAGGUCAGCCUGCCCCUUCUCUCCCAGACCACAGAAGCCUCCCUGUGCUCACUGUGCCCCCAAAGUGCAAUUACUCACACUCAGUGAGGACACCAGGCAGCUAUAGACUGCCCACUAAGUUCGGACUAUUCCUUUUAGCAGCUGCUGCAGCUGAGUCUCUGACCCUGUACAUCUGUUUGUGACAUGAUGCUCCAGCAAUGGGUGGGCAGUCACGUGAAGAUGGAGGUGUUUGUAGAGAAGAGAACGUACCUCAGUGGGGUUGUCUCUGCACAGCUGCCCCAGGGGGCUUGUACUCCCGCAUAGAUAAGGUGACUUUGGAACCAUGCUUUUCAUGUUGUUCCCUUCAUGUCAGGAAGGCCUGAUGCUAUCUCUUCCCUGGCUUCUCUGAUGCACUCUGUCCCUCAUCCUUCUUCCCCUGCCAGCCACCCCUUGCUCAUUUUCCCCACAGGGUUUCUGAUCUAAACAACUGCACAUCGGUGACUCAGUGCAGCAGACUGGCAAGCAUGGCUGUGAAGCAUCUGGCAGAGCUAUGGGUCUUCUUGGCCUCUGAGUGACUUUUAGGGCUGUGUGUCUACCCUUGCUCCUCACUUUGAGCUUAGAUGUAGUGGGAAGAUGACGUGUGGCUGGACCAAGCAGAUGUAGGAUGAGGCCGCACGCCAGGAGGGUCAGAUGAGGAAGGAAGUAGUCUCAGGAUGCCACUGGCCUUUACCUGUAUGUCAUAGACCCAGCCGCACAGCUUUGACUUGAGCCGCCAUAGUGAGUCAGUAGUAAGGGGUUGUGCUCAAGUGUAUCUCAAGGUUUUUCUGGAAAUGUACACAUUCUCUUAGUCUAGGUCUUUCCUUUCUGGCUUCAGUACACUCUUCAGUCAUGUAGGCUUAGUUUCCAAACCUGUGGGUGUGUCUAAGUGGACACAGAUGUGCAGGCUCAGGCAGUGGGGGAUGGGAUAGGUCAAGGCCUGGGGUAGGAUCUGAGUGAUGGGGGGGGGGGGGGAAUGCAGUGUGGACAGGGUGAAGCUACAGUCUUAGGGGUGUGGUUAGAUGCACAUACAUAUUUGAAAUGCUACCUGUUCAAAUCUGGUUUGAAAUAAUGCAGCUUAUAGCUGCAGUUCAAGGAAAGCCCGAAGCAUAGGGAGAAGGAAGGCACUUGUCUCUGUGUGGGGAGGGAGGGAGGGAGGGAGUGAUAAAGGCGUGUAACUGGUGCACAUUUGGAUGCAAUGUUUCAAGUUGAUUGUUAAUAAAAACCAAAUUUACACUGGUGUGUGUAGUGUAGUUUCUAAAAAGCACUUCACAUUUUAAAUUUUUCUUGGAAAAUUUCUAGUAAUCUAAAUGUCUAAUUUUUUAAUCUUUUUGUGUAUGUUCAUUGUUUCUCAGUAUUACUGCUUGAAUAAUUCUCUGUACAGGGGAUUUGUUUGUGCUAUACAUGGGGUGUCUAAAGGUAGCAAUAAACCUUUCUUUACAAAGGAA